AUGGUAUCCGAUAAUCUCUCCAACAAUCUAAUAACAGAAGAAGAAGCUGAAUUGUAUGACAGACAAAUAAGACUAUGGGGCAUAGAAUCACAAAAUCGACUCAAACAGUCUAAAGUUUUAUUACUUGGUAUGAAUGCAUUGGCUGCAGAAAUAGCUAAAAAUAUUGUUCUGGCGGGUAUCUCCAGCCUCACAAUUAUAGAUGGUCAACAAGUCACUAAUGACGAUUUGGAAAACAACUUCCUUAUACCAUGUGAUUCCGUUGGACUAAACCGUGCCGACGCGGUUAUUGGUCGUACUCAAAGCCUGAAUCCAAUGGUUAAAGUACAAUCUUCUGAGCUGGGAGAUGAUCUAAAAGAUAAAUUUCAAGAAUAUAAUUUGAUCAUCCUUAUAACCGAAUGUUCAAGCGUUCAUUUUAAACAAUGGUCAACUAUAUGUGGCAUUGUGAGUGGUAUGGACAUAGAUACAAGACCAUAUAUAAUAUGUGCAUCAGUAACUGGAUUGUUUGGACUCGCGUUUAUAGAUCUCGGCGCACAUGAAUGUUUGUCUGAAGAUGUGGUAGUAAAGAAAAGAUCAGUGGCAGAAUUAUCAUCUGGUUCAAUUCAAAAGAUAAAUAAAGCUAGCGAACCAUCAAAUACAGAGACGGUACUUGUAAAAAAGACAUUCAACUAUUGUCACCUGUUAGACAGUUCAUGUCUUAUUUCUAACAUGCUAAAAAAUAGAUCACAUGCUAAAUAUAUUCCCAAAGGAUAUUUCCUUAUGCAAGUUUUAAGCCAAUGCUCUAUCGAAGAAGCACCAUUUACCUUACCAUAUUUACAAUCCCAAUGGCAAAAGGUAUCAAAGAUUCUGGAUGUAGAUGAAACAAUUCUUUCCAUUGAAGAUUUAGAAUGUUGCUCUGGUGCUACAAUCCCAGCUGUUAAUCCAGUACUUGGUGGUGUUGUGUCCCAAGAAAUAAUCAGGGCCAUAACACGAAAAGGUGCACCGCAUGGAAACUGGUACUUUUUUAAUGGAUCACAGUGCUCAGUUACUGUCGAUUGGUUACCGCCAGAUGAAAAGUCAUAA